AUGGAGGUCUCUGGUCCUUGUCCCCUAGGCUCAUCAGAGAUUGUGUUCUUCGACUUGGAAACAACGGUGCCCAGUAGAGCCGGACAACGUUUCUGGGUACUGGAGUUUGGUGCAAUAAUAGUUUGUCAACGGAAACUUGUCGAGCUGGAGAGUUAUAGUACCCUCAUAAGACCCACGGACUUGUCUGUUGUUGCAGUGAAGUCUAGUCGAUCUGAUGGGAUAACUCGCAAAGCUGUUGCAAAUGCACCAACAUUCGAGGAAGUCGCUGACAAAAUUUUUAGUAUUUUGAAUGGUAGAAUUUGGGCAGGACAUAACAUCCAAAGAUUUGACUGUGUCCGAAUUAAGGAGGCAUUUGCAGAGAUUGGUAGGCCUGCACCUGUACCUGUUGGAAUGAUUGAUUCUUUAGGAGUUUUGACUGAAAAAUUCGGCAGAAGAGCUGGCAACAUGAAGAUGGCAACUUUGGCUACUUAUUUUGGGCUUGGCCAGCAAAAGCACAGGAGUCUGGAUGAUGUUCGUAUGAACUUGGAGGUCUUGAAGCAUUGCGCCACAGUUUUAUUCUUGGAAUCGAGCCUUCCAAACGCAAUGAAUGACAAAUGGCACAGCUCUUCGACGACAAUCGUAACUCGAAGCAGAAGUAAUGGAAAACUGCCGUGUAGGGAAGAAAAUAGCCGAAAAUCUCCUCCAACUACUAUUGGAUACCAAAGAGCAGUUCCCUAUACAAGGGGAAGUUUGGGAAAGAUGACAGAAGGAGUGAAAAAUUUGCUGUGUAAAGCCCAGGAGACAAAAUCAUUUAACAGCAUACUCAAGCAUUCUCAUUCUUUGCUGAGAUGA